AUGAGUAUUGACAUUGAAAAUGAAGAAAUGAUUCAACGAUUAGAAAAUUCGACUGGUCCAGCCACCGAUCCCCACCAUUUAGCCGAACUGAUUAAAAAAGAGUUAAGAGAAGUUUUGGACGGAAGCCGAAAAUUUAAAGCCGGAGACGAACCUCUGGACCGUGAUAAAAUUACCACUCGAAUGGUUAGAGUCAAACAAAAGGAUUUUUCCUCGACCGAUUUUGAGGAAAUGAUUAGUUUAGUUCGUCAAAUGAAGAACUUUUUAGAGGAAAAAAAUAAGCAAGACCGCCAGAGAACUGAAAAUAUAAAAUUGAAUAAUCCUCAUUUAUUUACCCACGGAAAACGCAACGGACAUAAUUAUACAAUUUACGUUCCGGAUAAUCAUAUAGCCUUGACUAAUUGCACCAAUUCGGAAAAACAGGAAAUUAUUUCUGAGGCAGAAGCCCAACGUUUAGAACAACAAGGGAAAGGCAAUUUCAUUAAAUAUGAAACUUAUGUUGAGUUAAAUGAUAAGAUUUUCAUCGACCAUUAUCAAGAGAACGGGCAGCAGGAAUUAGUGAAUCCGGUCAGUGGUGUUAAUGGAUUAAUUGAGAAUACUAAUGAUAAAAAUAUGAGUGUUGGGCUUAUUUCAGAAGGAGAAAAAGAAAAUUCAGAAUUAGAUAAAGAGGGGCUGUUAAAAAUCUUUCAAAAAUAUAAACGCCUUAAUCAAUCUGAAUUUAAAAAAGUUAUCGGUUAUUGCCAAACCAGCGGUCAAACGAGUUUAAGUCAACAAGAAUUAAAUAAUCUCCUUAAUACUGCUACGCCCCGCAAUAGCAAUAAUACACUCUUAAUGGCGACCAAAAAAGCCCAAGAACUCCAAAGGAAAAUGGAAAAGGAGGGUAUUUUUGGGGUAAUGAAUGACCCUAAACUAAGAAAACAAAUGGAAGAAUUACAGAAAAGAUUUGGAGGAAAAAUACCAAAAGGCCAGGUUUCAACUUAUAAAUAUAUUGCGGAUUUUCUUCGGAUUUCCCCUCGUGAAGUGGGUCGGAUUCUGAAAAAUAAUCCUUUUUCUCCUGACGAA